AGCGCGCCGCCGUCGCCGGGGCCGCGCGGGGUGGGUGGCGUUGCGCCCCCGGUCGGGGCGGGUGGGGGUGGGGUCGCCCCGGGCGCGGUGCGCGUGUGCGGCUCCGGGUUACGAAACGGAGCAACCCACGAUCGCACCCGGGAAGUAGGCGGCUGAGGGACGGGCGGGAGCCGCGGUUCGAGGUCCGCCUUACCGGCAGCGUAACCGAGUGCAGGAAGCGUUACUGCUGCUAUUCGUUACGUGUUUUAGGAGAAAUGCUGCUCGUAGAGGCUUCUGGCCGUCAGGGCGCUUGCUAAGCAGGUUCCGGUAGCUCCUUGAAGCUGCUCCCUUGGCUUUAUUUUGCUUGUUUCUCCUCUGUCAGGUUUAUUUUUCUGUGCUGCCGUUCCUUUUAUAACUGAUCUCACUGCUUCCAGUCAUCUCUGGGGGCUGCAGAGCUUCGCGGCAGUUCCUUACCACAGGGCAGCCGUGUGUAAAGCAGCACCCCGUUGUGAGCGGGUGGUGCUGGCUGCAGGGCUUCAUAGCUCAGCUAUGAAGGCGUCGUGGAGCUGAUGGCAGAGGAGGGAGAUGGAGAACAGCCGGGAGAAUCCCUCUCCUCAUGGCUUUCCCAGUUCUCUCCUGCGAGUGUACUGCACGUGUAGGUGGCAUCCGUAGUUACCUGUUCAGAAUCAUAAGGACAAAUGAGAGAACAGUCAAGAGGGGACAUAACGCACGUUGAAACUGUUAAUAAGGAAAACUUGUUCGUGCGGGGCAAGGCUGGUUCACCAGAUUCAUUCUCAGGUGGUGUGGGAGCCAGGUCUUAGCAGAGCCAGCAAGGACCAGAUGUCCUAGUGUGGGAAGUGCCCCUAAAACUGGUGUUCGAGGCACAGUCUGGGGCUGUGGCUUCCUUUAGGUCUCGUCAGAGAUGGAUUUGUGUACCGCUGAGGAGCUUUGUGCCUCUGGGUGAGUCGCUGCUGCGCACUGCUUUCUCCGCUGUCCUUUUCCUGUCUUGUCUGCUGGAGAUUGUUAUUACAUUUCAUGAGUGCUACUGGACAGCACAUACCAGAGCGGUGCCUCAGCUUCUGUCUGGGGCAUCCGAGCAGCAGUAAUACAAUAGCAUGACUGCGACGGAGCCUCUGGGUUGCCAGUAUGAAUCAGACUAGUUUUACACCUCAUUCCAGUGAGCACAAUCUGGGAUUUCCUCUUGAGCUGUAAAGUGACUAAGGCUGGCUAAAUGUGGCACAGGCCGUAUGAAAUAGGUCUUCGGAGCUUUUAAUGUUGCUGUGUAUUGAAAGAUAACUAGGUAUAUUGGGUUAUAAGUUCUGAGUUUCUACAAGGAAUAGGCACAGCAUGAAGGUAAACAUAUUGCUACUUCUGAAGUUCGCUGACGGAGGUUUAAUUUGACACACGGAGAUGGAUUAAAUUAAAUUAAUUACACGUGGGUUUUUACAAAAACGCUCACAUUCGUCUGUUUCCUUUUUCGUUGCUGUUUUUAUCCCUUCUACCUUAAUUCAGUUUCAGUCUUGUGUGGUUGGUUUUUGUUGUUGUUAUGGUAAAUAUUCGUAUUGCUGUUUCAGUUCUCUUUUCUGGACCCGGUUUUCAAGGCGCAGUGCUCCCUGCAGUCCCACGAGCAGUCCCUCAUCAUGAUGACUCAGUGAAACAAACUUAGGUGCAAUUCUGAGAGAGACGCUCUUCUCUUGUAAACCGAAUGGAAACGUGCCCAGUAUCACACCCACUGUGAAAUCCGGUGCGGUGCAGCCUUCAGCGAGACAGAACAGAAAAAUUGAGCAGUGCUGCAGUGCCAGCACCCAGUGUUAUAUUUUCUCUUUGUGCCCUACUAGCCAAUGGUCCUGCAUUGUAGGCAUGUGUACCAUCUAUCUACAUGGUGCAGUGCGACCAGCUUGGUAUGAAGUCAGUGUAAGUAUUCAGGAAUGAAACACCAAAACUUUUCCACAAUGCUAAAACAAUACAGGAGCAGCCCCUUUGCACGUUACUGGUGCGUCCCUCUAUGAGGAGGCAGAAAGCAGCAGUCAGAUGGAUCAAAGCUCUGGUGGAUGCCCUGUGUGUGCUGGCUGCUUCCUGUGGGCAACCCUCCUUUCUUGGCAGGAUAUUAGGUAACAUGUUGUGUUCCUUCCCUGUGUUGACCCUUUGGGUAAAGGGAUUCUGGUGCUAAACUGCAUCCUUGUCGUCCUUGUCUUGGGUUCUAAUAACUAAAGAAGCAUCCUGAUCUCACUAUUCUAGAGAUGUUAACUGAAAGGACAGUUUUGCGUGUGUCUGAAGGAAAAGCGACUUCAGCAAGGUUGCUGUUAAUACCAGUUUCUUCCCCUCCUUUCCUCCUUCUCCGCUCCAGGUCCAUCUUUGGGGACUGCCCAUCUGGUGAGCUGCAACCAGGGAGCAGAGAGCAGAGCUCUCACUUUGGUGGAUAAAUUAGGAGUAACAAAUUAGGCAGCUACUUGAUUCGGUUUCCACUUGAGUGGCACAGUGACAGAGCCUGCAAUGCAAUCGGAGCCAGAAACUGUUUGCAAUGUAGCUAUCAGCUUUGAUCGUUGCAAGAUUACCUCAGUGACCUGCAGCUGUGGAAACAAGGACAUAUUUUAUUGUGCCCACGUUGUGGCACUUUCUUUAUACCGGAUCCGCAAGCCAGAUCAGGUCAAACUGCAUCUCCCCAUUUCAGAGACGCUCUUUCAAAUGAACAGAGACCAACUACAAAAAUUUGUACAGUAUUUGAUCACAGUGCACCAUACAGAAGUUUUGCCAACUGCUCAAAAGUUAGCAGAUGAAAUUCUUUCUCAGAAUUCAGAAAUCAAUCAAGUCCAUGGUGCUCCUGACCCAACAGCAGGUGCUAGCAUAGAUGAUGAAAACUGCUGGCAUUUGGAUGAGGAGCAGGUCCAAGAACAAGUUAAACUCUUCCUCUCCCAGGGUGGAUACCAUGGAUCAGGGAAGCAGCUCAAUUUGCUUUUUGCAAAGGUGCGAGAGAUGCUUAAGAUGAGAGAUUCAAAUGGAGCUCGCAUGUUGACGUUGAUAACGGAGCAGUUCAUGGCUGACCCUCGUUUGGCACUUUGGAGACAACAAGGAACUACAAUGACUGACAAGUAUAGGCAGCUCUGGGAUGAACUGGGUGCUCUGUGGAUGUGUAUAGUCUUAAAUCCCCACUGCAAGUUGGAGCAGAAGGCCAGUUGGCUAAAACAGCUGAAAAAAUGGAACAGUGUGGAUGUUUGUCCCUGGGAAGAUGGAAACCAUGGAAACGAGCUGCCCAAUUUAACCAAUGCUUUGCCUCAGGGUGCAAAUGCUAACCAAGAUUCAUCGAACAGGCCCCAUCGGACGGUGUUCACUCGAGCCAUUGAGGCGUGCGAUCUUCACUGGCAGGACAGCCACUUACAGCACAUUAUCAGCAGUGACCUAUACACCAACUACUGUUACCAUGACGACUCUGAAAACUCGCUCUUUGACUCUCACGGGUGGCCCCUCUGGCAUGAACAUGUUCCUACAGCCUGUGCAAGGGUGGAUGCAUUACGAUCUCAUGGAUACCCAAGAGAAGCACUGAGGCUAGCAAUAGCCAUUGUUAAUACACUAAGAAGGCAGCAGCAGAAACAACUGGAAGUGUUCCGGGUUCAGAAGAAAGAACUUCUCCACAAAGGAGUAACCUCAAUAACAAAUCUUGAAGGCUGGGUGGGACAUCCUUUGGAUCCAAUUGGCACUCUCUUCAGUAGCCUAAUGGAAGCCUGCAGGGUGGAUGAUGAGAGCUUCCAUGGAUUCUCAGACUUCAUGGAGAACAUGGGGCAAUGCAAAUCUCUGGAGUACCAGCACCUGCCUGCACACAAGUUCUUAGAAGAAGGGGAAUCGUAUUUAACACUGGCUGUGGAAGUAGCAUUGAUAGGGCUGGGACAGCAACGAAUAAUGCCAGACGGCUUGUAUGCACAAGAGAAGGUUUGUCGAAAUGAGGAGCAACUCAUUUCUAAGCUACAGGAAAUUGAUUUGGAUGAUACUCUGGUGAAGAUUUUUCGAAAACAAGCAGUCUUCCUAUUAGAAGCUGGACCAUAUAGUGGAUUAGGGGAAGUCAUUCAUCGAGAGAGCGUUCCAAUGCACACAUUUGCCAAGUAUCUCUUCACCUCUCUCCUACCUCAUGAUGCUGAAUUGGCAUACAAAACUGCACUGAGAGCCAUGCGGUUGCUAGUAUUGGAAUCUACAGCUCCUUCUGGAGACAUGUCCCGCCCACACCACAUUGCAUCAGUUGUUCCAAACCGGUAUCCCCGCUGGUUCACUCUAAGUCACAUUGAAUCCCAGCAGUGUGAGCUGGCAUCAACCAUGUUAACAGCAGCCAAAGGUGAUGUUCGGAGGCUGGAAACAGUGUUAGAAUCCAUACAGAAAAACAUCCACUCUUCAUCACAUAUCUUCAAACUUGCCCAGGAUGCAUUUAAAAUAGCUACACUCAUGGACAGCUUGCCUGACAUCACUCUGCUAAAAGUUUCUCUGGAGUUGGGCCUUCAGGUGAUGCGGAUGACGCUGUCAACGCUGAACUGGCGACGGCGGGAAAUGGUGAGGUGGCUGGUAACGUGUGCAACAGAAGUAGGUGUUUAUGCACUGGAUAGCAUCAUGCAAAACUGGUUUACACUAUUCACUCCAACCGAAGCCACUAGUAUUGUUGCUACUACAGUGAUGUCCAACAGCACCAUCGUCCGUCUGCACCUGGACUGCCAUCAGCAGGAGAAGCUGGCCAGCAGUGCUAGGACGCUUGCUCUACAGUGUGCCAUGAAGGAUCCUCAAAACUGUGCCCUCUCUGCACUGACCUUAUGUGAAAAGGAUCAUAUAGCUUUUGAGACCGCUUACCAAAUCGUUCUAGAUGCUGCUACAACCGGCAUGAGCUACUCGCAGCUUUUUACUAUAGCACGAUACAUGGAGCACCGCGGCUACCCUAUGCGGGCCUACAAGCUGGCCACUUUGGCCAUGACACAUCUCAACCUGAGUUACAAUCAGGACACACACCCUGCCAUUAAUGACGUUCUGUGGGCAUGUGCGCUCAGCCA